AUGCGCUUCGGUUUCUUUGCCGUACUUUUUGCCUCGGCUGCUCUCCUGGCGUCCGCCGUUCCGCUCCCCAAGGGAGAUCACGUUGCGGCGCACGCACACCACCAAGAACAAGCAGACCACCAUUUACAACAGGCAGAACAUCACCUUGAUCAGGCAACGAAUCAUUUAGAUCGCGCCGACGCUGCACGAGCGAGAUAG